CGCCACUGCAGACCUACCUUCUGAUAAAACAGAAUGGCGACUGGACCUGGUUUAAGGUGCUCCAGGGAUGUAUGUCGGCCUGCGAACUGUGUUCUGUGGGACCACGGAGGCUCCGUUCUAGGAUGUGACUCCCGGGUCUUAAAUGCCCAGAGAACGGGAUUUCAGAGCUUCCUUUUAACUGCCCCCAAACCAGGAAUUUUUGAGUCAGAAAAUGGCUCGCUGUCUUUUUAAUGAAUUUGUGGAUUCAAGACAACCUGAUUCCGCAUUCAGAAACGGAAGAUGGCGUCAUUGAUUCUUUGAGGACCUGAACAAGGUGACCAGUGGGUGCCGUAUGCAGUAGAUGAGGUCAACUUUCGGCCACUUCUCUUUUGCCCAAGAGACCAGUACUGAACCGAGUGAGCCCAGACUCACUGAGCGUAUCCACCCACCUCUCCUGUUCCUAGAUCAGGAAAUGAAGGAGCAAAGUUCUUCUCCCACGUGGCACAUGGGAGCCCCGUCUCGGAAGCCGUCAGUCCCGGGGUCUCCCCCGGGCCCUGGGGAGGGCAGAGGUGGACCAUGCCCAGCCUGCUGGCCCUGCUCACCGCUGCCCUGCUCGCCAGCUGGGCUCCGCUUCCGACCGAAGCUGGCUCCUGGUGGUCCUUGGCCAUGAACCCGGUGCAGAGACCUGAGAUGUUCAUCAUCGGUGCCCAGCCGGUGUGCAGCCAGCUGCCGGGGCUCUCCCCUGGCCAGAGGAAGCUGUGCCAGCUGUACCAGGAGCACAUGGCCUACAUCGGGGAGGGGGCCAAGACGGGCAUCCGGGAGUGCCAGCACCAGUUCCGGCAGCGGCGGUGGAACUGCAGCACCGUGGACAACACCUCCGUCUUCGGGAGGGUCAUGCAGAUAGGGAGCCGGGAGACCGCCUUCACCUACGCCGUGAGCGCGGCCGGGGUGGUCAACGCCAUCAGCCGGGCCUGCCGCGAGGGUGAGCUGUCCACGUGCGGCUGCAGCCGGACGGCGCGGCCCAAGGACCUGCCCCGGGACUGGCUGUGGGGGGGCUGCGGGGACAACGUGGAGUACGGCUACCGCUUCGCCAAGGAGUUCGUGGACGCCCGCGAGCGGGAGAAGAACUUCGCCAAGGGGUCGGAGGAGCAGGGCCGCGUGCUCAUGAACCUGCAGAACAACGAGGCGGGCCGAAGGGCUGUGUAUAAGAUGGCAGACGUAGCCUGCAAGUGCCACGGCGUCUCGGGGUCCUGCAGCCUCAAGACCUGCUGGCUGCAGCUGGCCGAGUUCCGCAAGGUGGGGGACCAGCUGAAGGAGAAAUACGACAGCGCGGCGGCCGUGCGCGUCACCCGGCGGGGCAAGCUGGAGCUGGUCAACAGCCGCUUCAACCCGCCCACACCCGAGGACCUGGUCUACGUGGACCCCAGCCCCGACUACUGCCUGCGCAACGACACCACCGGCUCGCUGGGCACGCAGGGCCGGCUGUGCAACAAGACGUCAGAGGGCAUGGACGGCUGUGCGCUCAUGUGCUGCGGCCGCGGCUACGACCAGUUCAAGAGCGUGCGGGUGGAGCGCUGCCACUGCAGGUUCCACUGGUGCUGCUUCGUCAGGUGCAGGAAGUGCGCGCAGACCGUGGACCAGUUCGUCUGCAAGUAGCUCCGGGGGCCCGUUCGUCCCUGGCCUCGCCUCCGCUCCGCCUCACAGAAGUUUAUAUUAUAGAAGUCUAUAUAAAUCUAUUUUAUAUUUGUAUAAAUAAAGGGAUGGAUGGUAAAUCAUUAAAAGAAGAGAAUGGAAAGGAAAAGCUUAUUUAAGAGGUGCUGGGGGUCCCUGAGGGUCGGGCUUGCUGAUCCCCUCCCCGUGGGGGGAGGGGUCCUUCCCCACCUCUGGCGAGGACGCCCACCAUGCCGGUCCCCCCACCCCGGCCUUGGGGGGAGAGGUGGCAGCCGGAUGGAGAAGAUGAUUGUGUCCGGAGUCUGUCGGGUGGAUGACUGUCCUGGGGAAGGCGGCCAGAGCGCAGCUUCGCCCGGACGUUUUCAGGGUCUGGUCCAGCAGGCCGACUGGUCCUGGAAGAGGCCCAGUGCUGCCUGGCGUGUUCCUUCGUAUGCGUGCUUGCAGGCCCCGUGUCGUCUCUGACCUGGGAACCCCAGGGGGACCAGCGCCCCGCCAGCCCUGGGGCCGGUUGCUGUGGCGGGAACUGCUCUUCCUCGCCGUCCUCUGGCUCCCUGACACCGAGAGGGAGGGGUCGUUUGACCUGCCGCGUCCGGAAAGACAGAGACUGAAUGUCUGGGCCCCAGCUGCAGAAAGCAGGAGGUGCAGGCGGAGGGCAGGUCGCACUGAGCUCCAGCGCGGGGAGCAGCGACCCGGGAAGCUGCUGCCGCCUCCCCGGCCCCGUGCCGUCCCGCCCCGCCGUCGAGGGAGGCUGGGUCAGGCUGGGGCUGCUGAGUCUCAGCCCCAGGUGUAGUUUCCCUCUGACAUUAAACGCCUUCCGCUGAA